CUGACUGCAUGUAGGAUAUCUGGAUUUCAUUUGUCCACUGUCUUCCCAAAAUGGAAAUGGAUGAUUCUGUUCCAAUUGAAUUCAUCUUCGAAGCCGACGCAUCUCGUUCUUCGCCAAGGCUUGCCCAACUGACCGAGUCUCUGAAGCUUGAGCACCAGUUGUUGAGGGUCCCUUUUGAGCACUACAAGAAGGCGAUCCGAGCUAACCACCGUGUCGCCGAGAAAGAGAUCUCUGCUGUUAUCUCCGGCGUUUCUGAUGUCACCACUGACGGAAAUUUGUCCUCUGGUGAUGCUGUCAACCGCCUAAACUCUCUUGUCUCUAAACUACACGGUUUGAAGAGGAAGUUGGAGGAAGGAAAUCGAGUGGAGCAUUUGCAAGCACAAAAGUGUCGUGUACGUCUUGAUCACUUAGAAUCUGCUAUUGAAGAAAAUAUGUCAGAGUGGAAUGGCACACAUCUGAACCGGAUUCUUGUUGAUUACAUGUUGAGAAUGUCAUAUUAUGACACAGCAGUGAAACUUACUGAAUGCAGAAAGAUACAGAAUCUCGUUGAUAUUGAUAUAUUCCAGGAAGCAAAAGUGGUAAUUGAUGCUUUACGAAACAAGGAUGUUGCACCUGCCUUGGCAUGGUGUGCAGAGAACAAGUCAAGGCUGAAGAAGUCAAAGAGUAAAUUGGAGCUUCAGUUGAGACUUCAAGAAUUUAUUGAGAUGGUACGGGCUGAGAACUAUUUACAGGCCAUAAAAUAUGCCCGAAAAUAUCUUGCACCAUGGGCUGCCACCCACUUGAAAGAAUUGCAGCGAGCCAUGGCUACACUAGCUUUUAAAAGAGAUACUGAAUGUGCUACAUACAAGGUCUUAUUUGAGCCAAAGCAAUGGGAUAAUCUAGUGGACCAAUUUAAACAAGAGUUCUUUAAGUUAAAUGGCAUGACUUUGGAGCCUCUGGUCAAUAUAUAUUUGCAAGCCGGCCUUUCUGCUCUCAAGACUCCAUACUGUUACAAGGAUGAUUGCACAAAAGAGGACCCUUUGUCACAGGAAUCUUUCCAGAAACUGGCCUUGGCUUUACCUUAUGCCAAGUUGCACCAUUCAAAGCUUGUCUGCUACAUAACCAAGGAGCUAAUGGACACAGGGAACCCUCCACAAGUCUUGCCAAAUGGAUAUGUCUAUAGCGCUAAGGCUCUUGAAGAGAUGGCUAACAAGAACAAUGGUAUGAUCACCUGCCCCAGAACAGGUUUAGUUUGCAACUACAGAGAAAUUGUCAAAGCGUAUGUAUCAUAAAUAUACACAUUUACGCCAGAAUAAUUAUUGAAAUUGUGAAUCCUGCCUUGUUGUUUUGCGCCUCCAAGCUACUGAAAGUUUCUGAUCUGAGUUGUCUGGAAAUUCCUGUGUUAGACAGACCGCUGACCUCACAUGGUCAAUUUGUCUGCACGCAGGGCUUCUAUUCUGGUUUCAUUAAAACGUGUACGGGAAGUAAGACGAAGUAGUUUGAAGUUUCGUCAAUAUAAUCGAGUGUCAAUGUGGUGUAUCCCCUUGGAUUGUGCAUACUGCAUAGAUUGAUUCAGUUCUGCAUUUCUUU